GCAGGAGGUGUUGGGGGAUGGGAGACACCGGAGGCGACCUUCCCCGUGUGGAACCUGGGCCGCCCACAGAGUCCUCUCUGCGCAUGGCGUAGCCUGGGCAAUGGCGCCGCCCCAGCUGUGUUUCCGCCUCUCCUCAGGGAGUCUGAGCUGGGGACCUGCCAGUGCUCCUGCCUAACGACCGUGUCUCACCUGCAGGGAGAACUCUGCUGGAGAAGCUGUUCAGCCAGCAGGAGAACGGGCCUCCAGAAGAAGCAGAGAAGUUCUGCUCGCGGAUCAUCGCCAUGGGGCUCCUCCUUCCUUUCAGCGACUGCUUCCGGGAACCGUGCGGGCAGAACGCCCAGUCCAGCUCAGUUCCGUUUGAUCAAGAUCAACUUUACACCUGGGCUGCAGUUAGUCAACCCACACACUCACUGGAUUAUAUCGAAGGGCAGUUUCCCAGGAGAGUCCCAGCUGCUUGGCCACCAUCUAAACCUCCUGAUGAAGGACACAGGCCUACGGAUGCCGACACAGACUCUCAAUCUGCUGUUUUAGAAACUCCGAAAAAAUGUUCAGAUGCUGCUCAGCAGGAAGUGUGCGACAUGAAGUCUGAGGGUCAGGCCACUGUCAUCCAGCGGCUGGAGCAGACCAUCGAGGAUCUGAAGACCAAGAUAGCUGAGCUGGAGAAGCAAUACCCUGCCCUAGACACGGGUCUGGAAGCCCUCAGGUUGGGCGAAAAGGAUGUCGGAUAUGAAAGGGUUGUACAGGCCAAGUCCAUCCAGACGUCCCCGGUGGAAGAGGGUGGUGUGCUGGCACGUCCUCCUGGGGGGGCCCUGCAGGUGGGUCCCCCACCCUUGACUGCACAUGGAGAAUCGGCGGAGCAGCCCUUGCCUUCGGGACCUCAGACCAUGUUCUGCUCAGAAAUCUCUUUGGUUGUGUCUCCAAGGCGGAUAUCAGUUCAGCUUGAUGCACAGCCGUCCCUCCAGCCUCCACCGCCUGCAUCCCUCCCCUGGUCUGACAGUCACGGACAGGCCAGGUCCCAGACUUCCCAUUCUCCUCUUCACACUGGGUUUGAAACCAGCCAGGGGCACUCUGCUUUCUCCUCCUCUGGAAAUGGCUGUGACAUCCCCACUGCACCACCUCUGCCUCCAGAGACCUCCCCUCUGAUGCCUGGGCUGGGCACCGAGUCUUCCCCAGCACCCCUGACCCCCGGUGCACCUGGCCCUGCACUGCCCAGCCCAGCAGGCCUCUCACCUCCUCCUUGUCUAGGUCCAGAGAUGCUGCCACCCCCUUCUCUACCUUUGCCUGGAGUGGGAAUUCCUCCCGCCCCUCCUCUUCCUGGGGUGGGAAUCCCUACCCCUCCACCUCUUCCCGGGGUGGGGAUCCCUCCCGCCCCGCCCCUUCCCGGGGUGGGGAUCCCUCCUCCCCCGCCCCUUCCCGGCGUGGGGAUCCCUCCCGCCCCGCCCCUUCCCGGCGUGGGGAUCCCUCCCGCCCCGCCCCUUCCCGGGGCGGGGAUCCCUCCUCCCCCGCCCCUUCCCGGCGUGGGGAUCCCUCCCGCCCCGCCCCUUCCCGGCGUGGGGAUCCCUCCUCCCCCGCCCCUUCCCGGCGUGGGGAUCCCUCCUCCCCCGCCCCUUCCCGGCGUGGGGAUCCCUCCUCCCCCGCCCCUUCCCGGCGUGGGGAUCCCUCCUCCCCCGCCCCUUCCCGGCGUGGGGAUCCCUCCUCCCCCGCCCCUUCCCGGCGUGGGGAUCCCUCCUCCCCCGCCCCUUCCCGGCGUGGGGAUCCCUCCUCCCCCGCCCCUUCCCGGCGUGGGGAUCCCUCCUCCCCCUCCUCUUCCCGGCGUGGGGAUCCCUCCUCCCCCUCCUCUUCCCGGCGUGGGGAUCCCUCCUCCCCCUCCUCUUCCCAGUGAAGGAAUACCUCCUGCCCCACCUCCUCCUCCUCCUCCAGGUGUGGGGAUUCCACCUCCUCUAACACCUCCGCCCCCACCCCCUCCUGGAUCAGGCCUUCCUCUCCCACGACAAGUUGGGAGUAGCACUUUACCGACACCUCAGGUGUGUGGCUUUCUUCCUCCUCCGUUGCCUCUUGGCUUGUUUGGAUUUGGGAUGAACCAGGAAAAAGGGAGUAGGAAGCAGCCAGUAGAGCCUUGUCGGCCAAUGAAGCCUCUAUAUUGGACAAGAAUUCAGCUGCACAGUAGAAGAGACUCCAGUGCUUCACUUAUUUGGGAAAAAAUUGAAGAACCAUCCAUAGAUUGUCAUGAAUUUGAGGAAUUGUUUUCUAAAUCUACUGUCAAGGAAAGGAAGAAACCCAUUUCUGACACCAUCACAAAGACCAAGGCUAAGCAAGUGGCACUGAACCCCCUCCCCUCGCCACGAUCUUUAACCUUCUUCCCGAUGACCCCUGAAAAGAGGAGGAAAAGGUGAGGAGGGCCAAAGACAUUUUACACACUGGGCAGAACUUCUGUUGGAGAAGAUUCCAAGGGUGUAGAGAACUUCCAGAAAAAGGGAACCCAUUGUAGAAGAAAGGGAAAGAGACCUUGGAAGGGUGAGUGCACGUGAGCCUUGUAUGUGAAGAUGCCAGUUUGUGUCUCUUUGAGCCCAAAUCAGGUCUGAGUUUGCAUGUCAUUUCUUUUCUACCACAAGGAAACAUAUGUCAUGCUUAUUAUUAUUGUGAUAUUGGACUAUAACCACAUGACUGCAAUUUUAGGUGUGUGAAAACCUUCUGUCCUUACCAAAAAGAUACGUGUAUAUCCAUCUCCCUGUGGAUGAGUUAUAAUUAGAAAAGUGUUGAAUCAGAUGAAAACUCCUCUUUUCCCUGCGGUCCUUCUGAGAAAACAGGGAGUCACUCACUCCCUUACCAGCUUCCUGACCUUAUCCCCCUAGUCAUGUUCUAUCAAACCAGUUGUAAAGCUGGAAUCAUUCUCUUUCUGACCUGUCGUUUAGUUACUAGUUUUUGCCUUCCAGUUCCAAAAUUGGAAAGGGAAAAAAAGAGGACGCCUGAGCUCUUGCAGUGAGUCGGGGUGAUACCUUACUGUCCUGGGGUGUCUCCUUACAUGCCCUGAGGACCCAGGCUUGGCUGUCAUCUUUGCCUGAUGGAAUAGAGGAGCUUCUACGUUGGAGCAGCAAUCUGAGAAGAAGUGAAAAAGUGUGUAUUUGUAAAACAGCUCUUGUACUCAUUUGCUCUUCUUUUAAAAGCAUCAUUUCAUUUAGAUGAGUGACUGAUUUGUUAGGUACAUAAUCUUCCAUCAGUGAGCCUUAAGGUUUUCCUGUCUUCAGGUGACAGAAGUCAGCUAUUCUAAGAAUAAGGACUCAUCUCUGUUCUCACUCUGUCCCCAGUGUCAGAAAACAAAGAAUGGGAUGGCAGAAAGGAUCCUGCCCAGAAAGCUGGUGCCUUAAUCAUUAGUUGCUCCUGAUUAUUCACAUUUUCUCUUUUUAAUGUGUCUAUAUUCUUACUACUUCAGGUUACUCAUGUCUGUUAUGUCAUGUGUCAGACGCCUCCCUUUUCCCCCGUCAGGCUGUUUCUGGUGUAGGAUCAGCCUGUGCUGUGCUAGUUGUGAGAUGCUCGUAAGGGGAGAGGGUUCGUGAUACAAGCCCACGCAGAUUUAGCCCACACAUGAGCCACUGUGAAAGUCAGGUGUGAGGUCCUGUUGGGAGUUAUGCCUUUUUUGCACGGCUUUAGUGCAAGUUCUUCGGAACCACUUGGUUCCAUUGAUAGAAGAAUGAUGUCCGUUCAAGUGACUACCCAAAAACAGAUUUUCUGCUUUCCUCACUGGCCCCACCCACCCUCUUUAGAGAGUUCAGGAGAUCUAGCCAGGCCUUUACAGUUACUCCAGCCCCUGACACAGUAACACAUGGUAUGGUCUCGUUACCAGCUUUAAAGGUGGUGUGUUUCCUAAUUGUUAGGUUUUUUGAAAAGGCCAUAUAUACAGUAAACUGUUCUAGAGCUUUCUUUCAGGGGUUUCAUUUUCUUCUUGUUUGGGCUUAACUUCACAAAAGUGCCUUAGAAAGUUGAAAGUGACACUUCUUUCCAUGUCUCCAGCAAGUUCAGUGCUGCUUCUGUUAGGAGCAGCUGAGGUUGGAGGGAUGUUGUCUUAUAGACAAAUGGGGCCAGUCUUGGGAGGCACUGGGGUUUGGACCUUGGGUCUUGUAUUAUAAAACCAAAAAAUUAUUUGAGAGCUGGAAAAACAAUUCUCUUUUCAUAAGCUUUAAUCCAUUUAUGUGACUUGUUGAUGGUCUCUGCUGAUACAUGACUCUUGAGCAGGUAAUAAUUAUCAGGUAUAAUCAGACAAAUCACCAUCAACUUAGCGAAUGUUCAGGGGUUUUUACAAGAGUCACUCAAGUCAGUCUGCUCAGCUGCACACGUCAGCUGUGGUUGCCUCCCCGGCUCAGCCCUUUGUACAGACCUUGGGCUUUCAUGCCUCUGGAACCCCAUUAUCAUUUUCUUGCCCUGAGGUAUUGUUGUCAAGCUUUGUUUACCACUCUGCAUUUUCAGUAUCUUUCCUGUCUCUGGAUUUUUAGAAAUAGACAAAUGAAAUACCCCAGCUGGCUGUCUUGGGGAUAGAGUCUUACAGGGUGUAACCCACGGCUUCCCCUGAGGUGAAAUCAUUGUUCGAUGAUGUAGAGUAUUUCUUAGGAGCAGGAGGAUAACCAGAGUCCACAUGGCAUUAAUUCAGUGCAUGAUUCUUUAUUGAAUACUGUCUGUGAAGUGCUGAACUUCGUACUUAAUCUCCAUAGGGUAGGAUAAGAAGAUUGGGGAAUACGCCUGGACUUUGUGAGAAAGAAUUCCAAAGGAUACCUGAGUGUCUGCCUUCUUCCUGCCCUAAAAUCAAGAGAAUGAUGCUGAGCUGGGAGAAAAAAACCUUCAUAAUCCCAAAUAGCAUCUGAUGCUGAAAUUGUAUUUAUUUGACUUCUAGUGUAUGUGUGCAUGCUUGCUUGUAUCUGACUUUAGGUGACCCCAUGGACUGUAGCCCACCAGGCUCCUCUGUCCAUGAGAUUUUCUCAGCAAGAAUACUGGAAUGGGUUGCCAUUUUUCCUCCUGGGCAUCUUCCUAAGCCAGGGGUUGAACCCACAUCUCCUGUGUCUCCUGCCCUGCAGGCAGAUUCUCUGCAAUCUAAAAAAAAAAGACUCGUUUCUUUAUUACUUUGACCUGAUUUAGUUUAUCUUCUAUGAACACGUUACCCAUAGAUUCUAGGAGAGACACAGAAUAAAUUGGCUGGAAAAAUCUGAUCCAGCAGUAAUCACUUGCCAAUAGUGCUUUCUAAGAAUGUUGUAUUCUUACCGAUCAUUCAAAAUUACUUUUAAUCAAUAUGUUUAUGCAGCUGACAGUAAUGGUGAUAUAAUUUAGCUGUCCACUAGAAAUGCAUUCAGUAGUUUUGUGGACACUUGAAAUAUGUCUAAAGCUAUAUUUCUAUAUCCUCUGCUUCUAAUGCUUUGCUAAUGGUCAUGGGUAAAGAAAAGAAAACUUAUUUGGUGAAUCUCUUAGUGUUGUGUGUCCUUCAUGUGUGUGCUUCUGUGGAUGCCAGUGACAUGUGUAACACUUUCCAAAACACCUGACUGCUUUAGAGGUUACUGGGUGACUUAUUUAAUCUUGUGGUUUUAUUCUGAGAUAUUUAUUUUUUUGGUCACAUCUGUCUUCGUAAAGCUUUACGAAUGUUAUUGAAAAGUAUGAAGUUUUCUUUGUUCAUUUCAUUAGUCUGCUGAAGUUCCAAACAAGGAUAACAACUAUGGAAAACCAGUAGUAAAUGCUAGUUUAACAUAUAUACAAUCUUAUCCUAGUAUUGCUCCUAUAUGUGUUUAUCCAAGAGAAAUUAGUUCACAUUUCCAUGCAAAUUACUGCUGGGCAUGGAGUGUCCAUGCCUCCUGUGACCUGAAGGGCCUUGGGAGUCUGCUCUGAUGCCCUGUAGGCUGGGCAUCCUCCCCUGAGGCUUGACAACCAUUGGAGAAGGAGGUGGUAUGAGUAGAAGGGGAGUUCUCCCUGCUCGUGUGUGCAAUAAGAAAACCUUAUCAUCUCUUGCUCUGCAAAAUCCCAUAUAAGCAUCUUUCACUUUUGAGUGUAGACUAAGUAAGAUUUAGUGUUUGCUGUUUUCAUGAAAUAGUACAGGCAACACAGAGAAGGCUCCUGGUUCCAGGUUCUCAUCAAGUCAAACUCUAGAAAUAACCAUAUCUUUCCAAAGUAAAAAAAAAAAAAAAAAAAAAAAAUUGAAUCCAUUUCAAAGCUGUGGAAUAACCAACAAUGUGUCUAGAGAGUCCUUAGAGAAAUAGCAUUUUAUUAAUUAGUCAAUGUGUUGGGUUGCUCUUUCUUAACUGUGGCAUUUACCAAACUUCAUUUGGUUUAUUCCUUAUUAAUUUCUGUUAUUGCCUGUUGUCUUCUUGUUGGAAUAAGCUUAAGUGCUUUUGCAGCACUGUGAAAUAUAAUUGCUUGUUUUUAAAUUAGUAAGUUAACACUAGUGUCAUGCAUUUGUAAGAUGUCUUAAACUUUAAAAAUAGUUCACAUUACAUAUUUAAUUGUCUCAAACAAUGGGAAUAUUGCAUAUAGACUGUAUACUUUACAGGUAGGACAAUUGAGAUCCAUUGGCUGGAGAAAUUGUGCGGUUACAUGGCUGCUAAUUUAGUUGGAGACAUGGACUGAAAUACAGACCUCCUACCGACACGCAGGCCAGAGUGCUGGAAACCCUGAGUGUGGGGAUUGUCCCCUCCCCACAUCCCUCUAGCCUACGCCUCUGGCUUAAUUCAGCUUCACUGUUUCGUGUCUGCCCACGUCCUCUCGUCACUUGCUCAUUUGCGGGUUCAGGGCCGCUUUUUGCAUCUUGGCUUCUCCAGCUCAUGGCCUUCCUCUUGUGUCCUGACAUGGGGUGAGAACAGCAGUGUUUGUGUUCUGUGACUCUGCUCUGGAAUUUCCCUCUAUUCCAUCUUCUCCCCUCCUCAGGGGAGGGUCUGCCUCUUUGGCUCUGACCGUGCGUCCAUCUGAGCCAGUAUUCAGUUUUCAGCAGGGCCAUACCAGCAACUGAGAGGAAAGCCCUGCACUCUCCAUGACUAGGAAUUAGGGAACAAAGCCCUGAUCCUGACUCUGCAUUUAGACCACGAGCUAGUUAGGUAGUUUCUGUCUCUAGCGUCUUCCAGAUUAUGAGGAACUACAGGCUGUCUGUGUAUUGGAUAUGUUACGUGGAGCCUUUGAGGCAUCAGCUUUCUUAUGUCACUUUUCACAUGACAUAGGUAAAAUGCAUACUGCACUGCAUUAAUGCAGACUCCAUGGUUGACUGAUGAGAUAAUUAUGUGUUGUUUUGGCUACUUAAAUAAUAAGUGGAGUUCCCAUCAGCUUUCAACUGUGUCUUGACAUGACUCUGAGGCAAGCUGUAUAAAUUCUUUUCAGUGUUUGAGUUGAGUUUGGUUGUAAGAUCAUACCUCAAUUGUUAUUUGAAUACAGUUGACACUUAAAGGAGAGGUUGGGGGUGCCAACUUCUAAGCAGUUGAAAAUCCAGGUGUAACUUAGAAUCAACCAUCUGUGCCCCUGGAUUCAACCCACUGGGUCCUGCGGUGCUGUUGGGUUUACUAUUGAAAAAACACCGAUAUUCCAACCCAUGUUGUUCAGAGGCAACUGUACUUACUUUUCAGUGAUUCCUAUAUGAGCAUUGGCAUUAGCUGUGGAGUUUUUUUGUUAAAUGUACAUUCCAGGGCUCCAUCCUAGAGAAAAAAUUAUUUUCAGAGUGCAAAGUAAGAACCUUUGCUUAGGAAGCUAAUGAGAUGACUCUGGUGUCUACCAAGGGUGGGAGUUGUUUAUUGAGGUUGGGGGGCUUCCGAGAAAGCAUGGUGGUUUAGUUCAGUUCAGUCGCUCAGUCAUGUUCUACUCUUUGCAACCCCAUGGACUGCAACAUGCCAGGCUUCCCUGUCCAUUACCAACUCCCAGAGCUUGCUCAAACUCUUGUCCAUUGAGU